AUGCAUCUCUCCAAGACCCUCAUUCCACUCGCCCUCCUCGCCCCCUUGGCAGCCGCGAUUCCCGACGAUGCAAACCCGCUCUUAGACAUUCUGACAGCCGACGACUCAACUCCUGAGUCUGCCUACAGCGUCAACCCUGCCGUCGCUGAAACCGCCGUCGGUGCACCCGUUGGCGUCAGCGGCCCUGUCGCGACUAGCAGCCCUUCGGCUGAUGACUCGGAUUCCGAGACCGAGACCGAGAUCUCCAACGCCAGCACAGGCUCUGGCAGUGUCAGCACCAGCAGCGCUGAGCCGGAAACAACUGCGGACGCCCCAAGCACCACCACGACGUCAAUCCCUACAAACAUCCUCACGGCCAUUGAAUCCGACCCUACGGGCUCCGCGGCUGGAUCUAUGACGACUGUGGUUGCUACUACUACAACCCACCAAUCGGGCUCCGGUGCUGCCGAGACUUCGUCCACUGCCACUGCAACUCCCUCUGAUGGUAGCGAGGGCAGUGCUGCGUCCCCGACGCCGACGGAUGAUGGCGCUGCUGCCGUGCUUGGAAGUCCCGCUUCCAUGUUGGGGGCCGUUUUGCUCUCAUUCGCUGUCCGUUUCUUCUAG